GCUGGGCCUCCAUCAGCAGGGGUGUGCUGGUGUGUGACGAGUGCUGCAGCGUGCACCGGAGCCUGGGACGUCACAUCUCCAUCGUCAAGCACCUUCGCCACAGCGCCUGGCCUCCCACGCUGCUGCAGAUGGUGCACACGCUCGCCAGCAAUGGGGCCAACUCCAUCUGGGAGCACUCCCUGCUGGACCCCGCACAAGUACAGAGCGGCCGACGCAAAGCCAACCCCCAAGACAAAGUGCACCCCAUCAAGUCCGAGUUCAUCAGGGCCAAGUACCAGAUGCUGGCAUUUGUGCACAAGCUUCCCUGCCGGGACGAUGAUGGGGUCACCGCCAAAGACCUCAGCAAGCAAUUGCACUCAAGUGUGCGGACGGGCAACUUGGAGACAUGUCUGCGCCUGCUGUCCCUGGGCGCCCAGGCCAACUUCUUCCAUCCGGAGAAGGGUACCACACCUCUGCACGUGGCCGCCAAGGCAGGGCAGACGCUGCAGGCCGAGCUGCUUGUAGUGUAUGGGGCUGACCCUGGCUCCCCUGACGUUAAUGGCCGCACACCCAUCGACUAUGCCAGGCAGGCGGGGCACCAUGAGCUGGCGGAAAGGUUAGUCGAGUGUCAGUAUGAGCUCACUGACCGAUUGGCCUUCUACCUCUGUGGACGCAAGCCGGAUCACAAGAAUGGGCAUUACAUCAUCCCACAGAUGGCUGACAGAUCUCGGCAAAAGUGCAUGUCUCAGAGCCUGGACCUAUCUGAGCUGGCCAAAGCUGCCAAGAAGAAGCUACAGGCGCUCAGCAACCGGCUCUUUGAAGAACUCGCCAUGGAUGUGUACGACGAGGUAGAUCGAAGAGAAAAUGACGCAGUGUGGCUGGCAACCCAAAACCACAGCACCCUGGUGACGGAGCGCAGUGCUGUGCCCUUCCUGCCUGUGAACCCUGAGUACUCAGCCACACGGAAUCAGGGGAGACAGAAGUUAGCCCGCUUUAAUGCUCGAGAGUUUGCCACCUUGAUCAUCGACAUUCUCAGCGAGGCCAAGCGAAGACAGCAGGGCAAGAGCUUGAGCAGCCCGACAGACAACCUUGAGUUCUCCACACGGAGCCAGAGUGACCUCGACGACCAGCACGACUAUGACAGCGUGGCUUCCGACGAGGACACGGACCAGGAGCCCCUGCGCAGUGCUGGUGCCACUCGGAACAACCGUGCCCGGAGCAUAGACUCCUCAGACCUGUCUGAUGGGGCUGUGACGCUGCAAGAGUACCUGGAGCUGAAGAAAGCCCUGGCUACCUCCGAGGCAAAAGUGCAGCAGCUCAUGAAGGUCAAUAGUAGCUUGAGUGAUGAACUGCGGAGGCUGCAGAGGGAGAUCCACAAGCUACAGGCAGAGAACCUGCAGAUCCGGCAGCAGUCGGGGCCUGUGCCCACACCCCCCAUCCCCAGUGAAAGGGCAGAACACUCCACCGUGGGUCCUGGCGGGAGUGCCCACCGCAGGGACCGCCAGGCCUUCUCCAUGUAUGAACCAGGCUGCGCCCUGAAGCCCUUUGGGGCCCCACCCGGGGACGAGCUUACAACGCGGCUACAGCCUUUCCACAGCACUGAGCUGGAGGAUGACGCCAUCUAUUCAGUGCACAUGCCCUCUGGCCUUUACCGGAUCCGGAAAGGGGUAUCAGCCUCAGCAGUGCCCUUCGCUCCCUCCUCCCCGCUGCUGUCGUGCCCCCAGGAAGGAAGCCGCCACCCGAGCAAGCUUUCCCGCCAUGGCAGCGGUGCCGACAGCGACUAUGAGAACACACAAAGUGGGGACCCAUUGCUUGGACUGGAAGGGAAGAGGUUUCUAGAGCUGGGCAAGGAGGAGGAUUUCCACCCAGAGUUGGAAAGCCUGGAUGAAGACUUGGACCCCGGGCUUCCCAGCACAGAAGAUGUCAUCCUGAAGACGGAGCAGGUCACCAAGAACAUUCAGGAAUUGUUGCGGGCUGCCCAAGAAUUCAAGCAUGACAGCUUUGUGCCCUGCUCAGAGAAGAUCCACUUGGCUGUGACCGAGAUGGCCUCUCUCUUCCCAAAGAGGCCAGCCCUGGAGCCAGUGCGUAGCUCACUGCGGCUGCUCAAUGCCAGCGCCUACAGGCUGCAGAGUGAGUGCCGGAAGACAGUGCCUCCAGAGCCUGGCGCCCCUGUGGACUUCCAGCUGCUGACUCAGCAGGUGAUCCAGUGCGCCUAUGACAUCGCCAAGGCUGCCAAGCAGCUGGUCACCAUCACCACCCGAGAGAAGAAGCAGUGACCACUCCCUACACCCUCACCCACACCCUGGGACCUCACUGGCCACGGGAGCUGGGCCACUCCAGACACUAAUCCCACCCCAACAGAGCCACCGGCACAAGUGCCCUUAGGCUGCCAUGCUCCCCUGGCAGCCAGGUGCCCUGGUGCCCGCCCCUCAAGCCCCAAGGAUGGGGAGGUGGGGUGGCAGGAGUUUCUGUCCCCCACAUUCCAUACACCUCUCCCCUGUACAUAACACCCCAUCCCCUUCUAGCGUGCAGGGGCCUGGACGGCAUCACUCCCAGCCCCUUGCCCUCUAGGGCACCCUCAGAAAGGGUCAAGGUGGGGACACUCCCAAGCGGGGCAGCUCCUCCUACAUGCACCCCACCCCCAUGAGCCAGUUCAGCCCUAUUGGGGGCUGAGCGGGGGCAUCCCGCUCGUUUGUACAUAAUCUCUGGAUGUCCCUGCCCUGUAGCCACCAGCCCCCCUGCUGCUCUCUUUCUUUAAUGCCAAACGGCCCCACCCUGUGUGCCGGGGCCCCAGCAGCAAACACUGGAAAAUCUUUUUUUUCCCCCUCUCUCAUCUCUGUUCCACCCCUUAAUUUUAACUUUGUGGUAACAGUGUCCCCGAGUGCCUGCGUGAGAGUGUGCGGGGCGGCAGUGCCGUUCCGGAGGCCUGGUCCAUCCGGGUUUCUGUGAGGGGUGAGGGGACCAGAGCAGUGGGACCAGCAUUGGGGAUCAGCCUCUCUCUCGCCUACCCUGGGGCCAGGGACUGCCGAGGUAACCAGCUGUGGUCCUACCAGCUGCCUCCCCUCAUCUCUCCCCCCACCCAUACCCCUUCUCUAUGAACUUAAAUGGAUACCACUUCCUCUAUCUUUCCUCACCCUCCCUUGUGGAAGGGGAACUUGUACUGGCUGGGGCUGAGAACUGAGCACCCCGAGCCUGGGGCUGGCUCCCCGGGGUCCCCAACUCAGCUGGUGGGUGUGAGCCCCGUUCUCGUCAUCUCUGAGGCCAGCACCCACCAUCAGCACCUGCACCUCUGCUGUGGUCCCACCCUUUGGGAGCCUGGGCUGCAGCCUGGGAGGGCAGCACAUGCCAGCUCUUCUCCCCACCCCGCCUCUUCCCUAGGGGCCAGGCCCUAUCUGUGUGGUGGUGGGUGGGCUGACUGUCAAGACAUGUGUCAUGUACAUUUGUAUCAAAAAUAAAUAAGUGACCAUGGUGCUGUU